AUGUGUCUUCCGCAGGUGCUGUUGCACGUGCUCUUCGAGCAUGCAGCAGGGUAUGCGCUCUUUGUCGUCAAGGAGGUGGAAGAAAUUGGCAUGCUUUUGCCACCGGUACGAAUAACCACUUAUCCAAAUAUGCUAACAUUUUUAUUAGGAUUUACCCAUAUUUGAUGAAAGUUGAGCCAAGCUAAUAAUUACCCAUAUUCCACAGGUUGAAGACUGCGUUCUAAACAUUGGGAAAUUCCAUGGUAUGGUGAGCUUAGCUGCUUUCUUCCCAUUCAAGUCUGCUCAGGCUGCGCUAGAAAAUAUUAACGCCAUAUCAGAAGGUGAGUUGCUUUAAUUUACUCCGUUGUAGUCCUUGCUCAGAUGUAAUGAUGUAUCAAAAAUCUGUCAAUCCACUGAAUCACUGUGCUGACACCUAUCAUCAAACCUGAACAUCUGGGCCUGGCUAUCUUUAUAAUACCAGAUGGCAUUAGGCAGUAUGUAUGUUUCAACACACCCCCAACUGAUUUGUUAUUUGUAGUGUAUUAUACAUUUCAAUCUUUCCUCAUGACACCCCGACUUGUUUCAGGUGUGGUCCACGCUGACCUGAAGCUGUUUCUGGAGACUAACCUGCCCGUAGGGGGUAAGAAGAAGGUGAUGCCAAGAUGGGGGGAGCUCUGCAGGAGGAGCUUGGCUUGUCUAUCCAGACUGGUGGAGUGGUGUCAGAGAAACUGAGAGGUGAGGACUAACCUGGACUACAGUGGGGGGGGGGGGGUUGUCAUCUCGUCUUUUAUGUUGUAACUUGUGUGUAGCUGGCGAUACCUGGCCUGUGGUGAUGUCAAGAUAAUCAACCCCUGACCCUCGUGAUGGUUUAUACUGAAAAUCUGAACAGCUGCCAGGGCCAAUGACCUAGGGUUGUGAAAGUGCCUCCACCGUGCAUACUCACCGUCACUACCCAUCUCUCCCCUGAAGGUGUGCGUCUGCACUUCCACUCCCUGGUGAAGGGGCUGACUGCCCAGGCUGCCUCCAAGGCCCAGCUGGGUCUGGGCCACAGCUACUCCAGAGCCAAGUUCAACGUCAACAGGUCUGACAACAUGAUCAUCCAGUCCAUCGCCCUCCUGGACCAGCUGGACAAGGACAUCAACACAUUCUCCAUGCGUGUGCGGUACGUACAGCUGCUGUGAAUGUAAAGUCUCCCUCAUAGGGUACGUAGUAGUAGACCCAACAACCAUCCACUCAACAGUCUUGCUAACGGGACCAAAUGAUGUUUAUACCAAAUCUGUCAAUCCCCUGAACUCUUUAUGUUGAGUGUUCCAUCGGUGCUGACAGUCCCGCAGUAUAAAUGUCAGGUAUGCCCUCAACCUGGUUGAGACUAUCCUAACAUUUCAAAACUUCUGCUCGCCCCUCCCCCUCUGGUUUAUAGUGAGUGGUAUGGCUACCACUUCCCAGAGCUGAUCAAGAUAGUGACUGACAACUCUACGUACUGCAAGAUGGCCCAGCUGAUCGGCAACAGAAAGGAGCUGAGCGAGGAGAGUCUAGAGAGCCUGGAGGAGGUGGUGAUGGACGGUGCCAAGGCCCAGGCUGUCCUGGAGGCAUCCCGCAGCUCCAUGGGUCAGUAGCCACACCACACAGUAUAUUAUACACUCUUAUAAAACCAACCCCUUUUUUGCCCAUCUAGGACUUUUCAAGUGUCCUAUAUGACCAACACAGAGGGGAAGAGUAUGAUAGUUCUCUCAUAAACCUGUGGUGUGUGCUCAAAUCCUCACUGCGGAUCCUGUCGGGAGAUACAGAACAUAUAUUUCAGUCAUCUUCCCUUGUCUUCAAAGUUGAGAUGUUUGUACAAUGAAUGCCCGUGUCUGGGUAUCGAGACUUCCGCUGAAACUUCUCCCCUGGCUUUCUGUAGGCAUGGACAUCUCUCCCAUCGACCUGAUCAACAUUGAGAGGUUCUCCAACCGUGUAGUCUCGCUAGCUGCCUACAGGCUGGAGCUCCAGGAGUACCUGCGCUCUAAGAUGAGCCAGGUGGCCCCCAACCUGGCUGCACUCAUAGGAGAUGUGGUGCGUAGUAAUUAGAUUCAGCAACUGUCCAAUCUACAUACUCUUCCUCACGGGACCGAAUGAUGUUUAUACCAAAUCUGUCAAUCCCCUGAAUUCUUUGUGUUGAGGCUUCCAUCGGUGCUGACAGUCCCUGACACCUCAUAGCUCAUGGUGAAAUGUUCAUCGGCCAACCUCUUGACGUGGUGUUUCUUCCUUCUCCAGGUGGGAGCACGUCUGAUCUCCCACGCUGGCAGCCUGACCAACCUGGCCAAGUACCCAGCCUCCACCGUGCAGAUCCUGGGCGCUGAGAAGGCCCUGUUCAGGUACUGGGGCACCCACUCCCUGCUGGGGAAACAGGCGGCUACUGUGAUGGCAGGGCUGGGGCUAAGCAGAGAAGGGUGAUUGAGGGGGUGACCCCCUCAGAGUGAUCCCUCUCCCUUACGCACCCCCACAGUCUGAGCAGCCGCCCAGUGCACAGAGGUAGAUACUGUGACUCCGACAUGCCAUACUCAACCAAUAAAUGAUUGCGCAGAAGAAUCAACAAUUAACUGUUGGAACAUCUGUUUCCAAAGCGAAGUUCACUUUCACUGGAAACCCAAAAUCCAUUCCCCACACACAGGGCUCUGAAGACCCGUGGCAACACUCCUAAGUAUGGCCUCAUCUUCCACUCGACCUUCAUCGGCCGUGCUGCUGCCAAGAACAAAGGGCGUAUCUCCCGUUACCUCGCCAACAAGUGCACAAUUGCCUCACGAAUUGAUGCCUUCUCUGGUGAGUGUUAACAUUGCUCGGGCCUAGUAGAUAAAGGUGCUCAUUUGUGUCCUGUUUAUUAUGACCCUUCUGGAUUAUUUGCAAUGAUGUUCUUAUUUUUCGUCAACAGUAAGCCACCUCUGGGUGGAUGAUGGUGAUUAGCUAAAUACUGAGCAAAGCCUUGGUCUUGUGACUACUGGUGCCCCCUGCUGGCUAACGGUGGUAUUGACAUUUCAUCACCAUCCCUCUGACAGAGGUGCCCACCUGUGUGUUUGGUGACAAGCUGCGUGACCAGGUGGAGGAGCGCCUGUCGUUCUACGAGACGGGCGAGGCACCUCGCAAGAACCUGGAUGUCAUGAAAGAGGCUGUGAUACAGGUGAGCUAUGACACUGACAUGGGAUUCAUCUUGUGUUUGUGAGCAUGCUUUUACAGGGUUCGUACGGUCAUCAAAAUCCCGGAAAAGUAAUGGAAUUUUAAAAUUGUGAUUUCCAGGCCUAGAAGGGUUUUAGAAAAUUAUAAAUAUCUGAAGCAUAAUACAUUUUAUUUGUAAGGAUAAGUUGCCUGGCUGGGCUGAUGAGACAGUGGAUUUCGCAGUCAGGUGGAACAGAGUAAAUGAGCAUUUUAACGUCGUAGAUUUAGGCAGUGGCAACUUGUUGGAAUGUGCUUUUAACCAAUCAGCAUUCAGGAUUAGACCCACCCGUUGUAUACUUGUGCGCAUCAUCUGCAUGUGUGGGAGACGAGUGGGCCGUUGCUCAAGUAGAGGGAGACAGUCCGACAUUGCUGCAGCAGGUAUGCCUAGUUUAUUAAAAUAUGAUGGAGAACAGACUAAUAACUAGGUAGCCAAUUCAAAACAUUGUACCCACUAGAUAACUGUUAAGCUAUUAAGAGCAUGUAGUAAUGUUGUCAUGUUCCAAAACUUUCCGCUGACACUCAAAUAAGGCCAUACAAACUUGAUUUACUUUUUUUUGAACAAUUUAAUUUACAUUAUUUGACGACACAUUCACUUUGCCAUUGUAUUAGUUGGGAUUCGGUUCAAUCGCAGUAAAUCAAAUCAUAUGAAACAAUUUGAUUUGCUAUAGCCUUUCAUUUGGAUUAUGUGGCUUCAACUUGUUUUGUAGAUACACCAAGUUGAUUGGGGCUUCCAAUGUAUGGGACAUUGCAACUCAAUAGAUGCUAGUCAGCCUGCAAAGUAAACACUUCUAAGGCAGCUAAGAUAAAUGCCCAAACUAAAAUGUAAAUUUCCUAUGGGCUUGCUUCAGCUGAAUACAAAGAUUUGUAGCCUACCAAAGCCAUUUGAUCUUUGAUAUAUUGAAUGAGACAUAUUGGUUGCAAUGUUAUACAGCCAUGGUGGUCAACCAUCCUCCAGUAGAGCUAAUGACAAUGCAGGCUUUUAUUCCAGUCCCCUUCGAACAAACCACAUUUUAGAAAUUAGCUGCUCAACCAGACCUUGAUAAACUGGCUCUGUUUGAGCAGGGCUUGAUCAAAAGCCUCUCCAGAUUGAGGGUUGGCCAUGUGUUAUACAUUUGCCUAACAGGUAUUGUGGAGGGUUAAGUGCCUUGCACAAUGACAGAUGGUACAUGGGAUCAGAGAGCUGCCUCCCAGUGUCAAUACCACAUUACGUGUACGUUUUUUAAUACGUUGGUCAUGGAAGUUUGGUUUCAAGUCAUGAAAUUUCAUCUGUCAAUGUGUAUGUACCCUGUGUUUAGAACUCUUUCCUUGUAGAUGUUUAGCUAACCUGCUGUGAGUGAUGACGACACUUUCCCCGACUCAAACGUGGGGGGUUUAACUGAUUUAAUGAGCCUGACACAGCACUGAAGCGCAUCAGUGCCACUAGCAGCUAGUCUUCUAGAAGUGUUAGAUGUUUAACCAUGCUGUUUGGCUUACCACUCCAAAGCAGGAGAGGUGGCAGCUGAGAUAAAGAUCAAAUUGGAGGAAAAAGGAGAAGAAACGUAGGAAGCAGGAGAAGAAGCUGGCAGCCCUUUCCACAGGCGAUGAAGAUGUAUGUAUUGGUUCAGCACAGCAUGUUUUGAUUUGGAAUUUGACCCUUCCACAUGGUCCUGUCUCAGUGUACGACAUGCUAAAUUAACUUUACUCCGAACCAUUGGCUGGUCUCCUACAGUAGACCAAAUCACUGAAGUGAGUCGGACAUUACAACUCUUGUCAUACUGAAAUGAACUUAAGCCAUGGAGCAAUUAUGAAACAUCCUAAUGUGUUUCUGUUUAUGGUUUUAGGCUAAUGGUGAGAACGGAGACGGUGAUCGUUGUGGUAAAGAAGCAUGCAGCAGAGGCUGUCCAAAUGGAGGAAGAGGCUCCAGCAGCAGAGAACGGAGACCCCAUAGCCAAGAAGAAAAAUAAACGAAAGAGUGAGGCAAUGGUGGUGGCCCCAGAAACACCCCAGACUGAGAAGAAAAAGAAAAAAUAUGCCGACUAG